UGACAGCGUGAUGGAAGAACGGAAGAACAAAGGAAGAUAGAUGAAUGGCUUCCGAUUACUUCUUCUAGGAAUGCAAAAUGGUGGUAUUCAGCAUUCCACAAUGUUACUGCUAUGGUUGGUGCUGGUGUUCUCGGUCUUCCAUAUGCCAUGGCAGAGCUCGGAUGGGGACCUGGUGUAGCAGUGAUGUUUAUAUCUUGGGUUAUAACUUUAUACACUCUAUGGCAAAUGGUUGAGAUGCAUGAAAUGGUUCCAGGGAAACGUUUCGAUAGGUAUCAUGAACUUGGGCAGCAUGUUUUUGGUAAAAAGCUGGGGCUAUAUAUCGUGGUGCCUCAACAAUUGGUUGUUGAAGUUGGCCUUGAUAUUGUUUAUAUGGUGACUGGAGGAAAAUCAUUCCAGAAGAUCCACGAUUUAGUCUGCACUCCUGGCAAUUGCGUAGAAAUCAAACUCACCUAUUACAUCAUGAUAUUUGCCUCUGUACAUUUUGUUCUCUCUCAUCUUCCCAAUUUCAAUGCCAUAUCUGGUGUGUCUUUGAUUGCAGCUAUCAUGUCUUUAAGUUACUGUACAAUUGCUUGGGUAGCUUCACUUGAAAAGGGUGUACAACCAGAUGUGGAUUAUGGGUACAAGGCUAAAAACACAGGGGAAGCAGUUUUCAACUUUUUCGGUGGAUUGGGAGAAGUGGCUUUUGCAUACGCGGGUCAUAAUGUGGUGUUGGAGAUUCAAGCUACGAUACCUUCAACACCUGAGAAGCCUUCUAAAGGACCUAUGUGGAAGGGAGUAGUUGUUGCUUACACUGUUGUGGCUUUAUGUUACUUCCCAGUUGCACUUAUCGGCUAUUAUACAUUUGGGAAUUCAGUAUCAGACAACAUUCUCAUCUCAUUGAACAAACCUACUUGGCUCAUUGUCCUUGCUAAUGCCUUUGUUGUUAUCCACAUCAUUGGCAGCUAUCAGCUCUAUGCAAUGCCGGUGUUUGACAUGGUUGAGACUUACCUUGUAAAGAAACGUAGAUUCAAGCCAACAUGGUACUUGAGAUUUGUUACCAGAAACCUUUAUGUUGCCUUCACAAUGAUAGUUGGAAUCAUCUUCCCUUUCUUUGGGGGACUUCUUGGAUUCUUUGGAGGAUUUGCUUUUGCCCCAACAACAUAUUUUCUCCCUUGCAUCAUGUGGCUUUCAAUCUACAAACCAAAGAAAUGGGGUCUCUCUUGGACUACUAACUGGAUUUGCAUAAUACUGGGAGUUCUGUUGACUGUUUUGGCACCAAUCGGCGGUUUAAGAACCAUCAUUAUACAAGCCAAGGACUACGAAUUUUUCUCUUAGUCAUCUUCCCAACUUCCAUAGCUUGGGAGAAUUCAUCUUAUAUUAUUCA